AUGAAAGAUCCUCCUAGCCCUAUCGAUGAAGCUAUGCUGGAUCGCAUUCAUGGUUCGAUGAUUGGAAUGGCAUUGGGUGAUGCUCUUGGUGCUCAUGUCGAAUUUCGACCACGACAAUACCUCGUCGAAAACCCAGUGGUCGAUCUCAAAGGGGGUGGAACUUGGGGUCUCGAAAAAGGACAGUUCACCGACGAUACAUCUAUGGCUCUUUGUCUUGCAAAUUCAUUGGUAGCUCGUCAAGGUUAUGUGCCUUAUGAUCAACUAGUUCGUUACAAAUGGUGGUACAGAGAUGGAUAUAUGUCUUCUACAGGAAGAUGUUUCGAUAUUGGUACCGCCACCAAACGAUCACUGUGUAUAUUUGAACGUCGCCAAAGAGAAUUCGCCGUAAAGCAUCAAAUCCCUCUUAAUCAAAUAGAUUUUCUUUCAGAUCAUGUUCUCUUGAAGAAAUUCGAUGUGAAUUGUAGUGAAGAAGGUGUGGCUGGUAAUGGAGCUUUAAUGCGACUUGCACCUGUGCCACUAUUCUUUUAUAAACGUCCCACUCGUGCUGUUCAGUAUUCAGGACGUAGUGGAUUGGUUACUCAUGGUGAUGAAAAAGCCUAUGAUGCCUGUCGUUAUUAUGGUGCUUUAAUCGUGGCUGCUGUCAAUGGAGCAACAAAAGAGGAACUAGUUGACAAAAACUUUUACGAAAAGCAUAAAAAAUGGUUCGGUAAUAAAUCCCUUCAUCCAGACAUUGAAAAAAUAGCUCAAGGUUCUUACCAGAAAGGUGGAUAUGAUAAAGGCAUUCGAGGUAUAGGAUAUAUUGUCAAUGCUCUCGAAGCUGCUUUAUGGGCUUUUUGGUCUGAUAAUGGUUCUUUCCGAAAUGGUGUUCUAGCAGCUGUAAAUCUUGGUGAUGAUGCUGAUACAACAGCAGCCAUCUAUGGUCAAUUAGCUGGUGCUCAUUAUGGUUAUGAAAAUCUACCCGAAGAAUGGAAAAAAGAAGUAUACGCUAAAAACUUUAUUCAAUGCUUGAGCAAGUGGAUCGUUUAUGAAGGAACGAAUUGGUCACCAGAUGGAUCAAAAACUUCAGAGAUAGCUUCUGUGAUUGUUGAUAAGUCACCUUUUACAUCGAAUACAAAUCUAAAUGAAUUGUCCGCGUUAGAAAAUAGUAGAAACUAUGGAUUGCACUCAUUAACAAAAGAAUUAGAUGCACGAUUGGGAUGCAACUCAAUGCUUGGACCACCCACACACUCUCUGAUAGAUUCUCGAUCUCGAAGUCGUUCUUGGCUCAACAUAUCUGACACUUUGAAACUCGAUCCACAUCCACACUCUGGAACUAUUCGUGUAAAGUCAGCAGAACGCCAAGAUCUCGAAAGUCAAUCUCAACGUAAGAACUUUAGCUUUCUAACUAUAUAGAAUCGAGAAAAUUUUCACUGAAAGAAGUAGGAGCAUACCCAGUACUUGUAUUGUCCCAUGCUAUUCUCCUCUUCUGUUUUUCCUUUGUUAUGUCCCUCGAAGAACUUCUAUGCUUCGACUUGAAAUAGACUUUGGAAAGAAGAUAUUUAGCAAUUUGUUACAAUUAGUUCUUUUUUUUUUUUAGGACUUUAUUUUCUGAAGAACUUGAAUACUUGCGAUGAUGUGUGUGAGUGGCUUCGAUCAUUAGGCGAUGAGUAUACGGUUUACAUAAGUUAUUUCAAGACACUCAGCAUAGAUGGGUAUUGGCUUUUAAAUCAAGUUGAUGAUGAAGGACUUAGGAAGUAUGGAGUCGAAAAUGCAGAACAUCGAAGAGUUAUUCUGGAAAAAAUUAAAAAGUUACAAAAAGACUGUCCAGAGCAGUACGCAACAAUAUAAAUAUGAAAACGUUCACUUUCUUUCAGUUUUAAAUAGAAAGUUACAAAAAAAACCUGUCUAAUUGUCUAUCAAGCUGUUUGUUAUAGAAGUGAAAAUAUUGAUGCAGGUGUGGCUAUAGAUGUGCUUGUACUUGUGAGAUUGUAUCUGUGUGUGUGAAUACGAAUGCUGCUUUCUCUUGCUUCAUAUAGAUAUUACAUGUACAGUCAUAUUCUCUCUAGAAAACCCUUUCACGUGGAUGGUGACAUUUUGAAAUUUUCAUCCUUUUCAAAUAAAAGGAAGAGAAAAUUGUAACUGUCGUUUUAUUCUCAGAAUCACUGAACGAUUACUUGAAUAGAAAAGUAGACUCAAUUUAUGUACUUUUUUUUUGUGUAGAAUAGUCUUUCAAGGUAAAAGCCAUGUUUUACUUCAUAUUUCACUUGUUUCUCAUAUUAAAUUACAUGUCAUUUAGUGUAUUUUACAGUUCUUUACGAGUUUUACAAAUUUAUUCAUUUUCAUCGCUCACGAGGGAACAUCCUCAACUGUCCAAUCGCUUUUCGCUUGGUUCUAUUGCCAUUCGAUCAGCCUUAGUGAGUAGUGAAAAAGCCUAUUUUGGUUUGAUUUUCUGAUCUUCUAUUAUUGACUUAUGGACAUUAAUUUACUGGAUCUUUGGCCUAUGGACAUGAGAUUCCAUAAGAACCUGAAUGAUUGAAUUUCGAGCUGAAAUUUUGUACAUAGACAGCUCUCAUAGUCAUUAGAAAAUUCUCAAAGUUUGAACCAGGACAAACAUACCCUUACCAAGAUAUUAGCUUGUGUCGAAAAUAUCCCUGUUUUGAAACAUAGUCGCAAAGAGACUUUUUUUAAAAUCUAAGUAUCUCGAUAACGAUGCAUUCGUUCUGGCUCAAACUUUGGAAAUUUUCUAAUGCCUAUGAGAGCUGUCUAUGCACAAAAUUUCAGCUCGAAAUUCAAUCAUUCAGGUUCUUAUGGAAUCUCAUGUCCAUAGGCCACAAAUCCAGUAAAAUGUCCAUAAGUCGAUAACAGAAGAUCAGAAAAUCAAACCAAAAUAGGCUUUUUCACUACUCACUAAGGCUGUUCGAAUGGCAAUAGAACCAAGCGAAAAGCGAUUGGACAGUUGGGAAUUUUCCCUCGUAAGUUAUUUCGUUGGUAAAGCAAUACAACACAGUUCGACAGACGCAUAGCUCUCGGUCCUCAGCUGUUAUUCGGGCCGUUACUUCUUGUCAUUCUCCUUCCGCAUGAUCACGCUAUACUAUUUAUAACUGCUCCACCAUCAUGCUCCGAUCGUCUUUUAAUGGUACUGAAGAUAUCUGUGAUCAUCUUCGUAGUAUACACAUGUUAACGAUCAUGCUGUAUACAAAUGCAUAAAAUAAGACAAUAGCCUAAGGUGAAACAACUCAGACAGGAUUGUAGCGUGUACAGCAGAUGAGGAUCUUGAGGGUGUGGGUGUGGGUAUAUAUGAAAAGAAUAUCCACACCCACACCCUGAACAAUGGUCAAAACAUGUCGCUGCUAUUGAUAUGAUAGAAAAAUCUAAUGAUAAUGUUGAUAAUGAUCAUGAAACACAAAAAAUCAUCCUUUAUAUCAUUUUGAUGCUGAGCGAUUUGUUAAAGCAAACAAUUUUUUUACUUAUGUUUCAAGAGUUAAUCUUAAAUUCAAUUCGAAAUGGAUAGUAUAAAACUGCACGUGAACAAUUAGAUAAAUAUCUACGUACACA